GCGAGGCUGAUGUGGUGCGCAACGCGAUCAACACGAACGAGGUCUACGGCUCCAGCAGCGACGUCGACAAGGACAUCUUCUCGAGGACCUCGUGCCGCCACAUCAACAGCGACGAGAAGGGAGCCUUUGGGAAACGGGACUGCUCCUACUUCUACAUCUUCCAGAACGAGCUCCACGCCAAUCACGAGUUUGCCGCCAACUGCGUUCCCUCCACCAUCUGCAAGGAGGAUGUGGUGGGCAUGACCGAGGGAAAGGUCGCUACCUACGGGGUCGUCAUGCAGAUCCUGCAGCAGAACCUCGGGAAGUUGCAGGGCAUCUGGAAGGGUCCCAUGGACGCCUGCAUGCACGGCAUGACUUUGGUCAACCGGGGCAAACUGAGCGGCCUCUGGAAAACGGAGAGAGCCGUGAAGCUCGGCGGCGAGCUGAACUUCAUCAUGGCGCAUCUGACAGGUGGCAAGAGUGAAGCCUUGAAGAGGACCCUGGAUUUCGAUGGCAUGGCACCAGUUCCGGCCGUCAAGAGCUUCAAUAAGUGCUCGAACGAUGCCAAUAUCGGCUACCUCUUCGUGCACAAGAACUUGUAUUGGGCCGGCCACCAGAGCACCAUCGACCUAGAUGCCUUCACGAAAUUCAAGGAACAGAAGACCAAAGAGAAGAUGCAAAAGAAGCAGGCCGCAGAGAAGGCCUUGGCAGCGGCUCAGAUUGCGGCGGCACAGAAGGCGGAGGAGCAGAAGGCGGAAGAGGCGCUGCAGGCCGCGGGGGAGGGGUCGCCCGAGGAGUUCGAGGAUAAUCAGGUCACCGCGCGCCGUCUGUCGGAGCCGCAAGUCCUGGUCUGA